CCGGCACCGCGGGGUGACGGAGGGGCUCCGCUCCUGGAGAGCCGCGGCAGUGCCGCUCCGCGCCCGCCGCCAUGAAGAUCUGGACCUCGGAGCACGUAUUCGAUCAUCCCUGGGAAACUGUAACAACAGCUGCCAUGCAGAAAUACCCAAACCCAAUGAACCCCAGCGUGGUCGGAGUGGACGUCCUGGACAGACACAUUGACAGCAGCGGGAAGCUGCACAGCCACAGACUGCUGAGCACGGAGUGGGGAAUCCCAGCCAUUGUGAAAUCGCUCAUUGGCACAUGCAGAACGAAGACCUACGUUCAGGAGCACUCCAUCGUUGACCCACUGAAAAAAACAAUGGAGCUUAAAUCCAGUAACAUUUCAUUUACAAACCUCGUGUCAGUAGAUGAGAGGCUUGUCUAUAAACCGCACCCUCACGAACCAGACAAAACCAUUUUGACACAAGAAGCAAUAAUAUCUGUGAAAGGUGUCAGUCUUAGCAGUUACCUAGAGGGAUUAAUGGCGAACACGAUUUCUUCCAAUGCUAAUAAAGGCCGUGAAGCAUUGGAAUGGGUAAUAAAUAGACUCAAUGCUGAAAUUGAGGAGUUCACAGCUUCAGCAAGAGGAACGAUGAGGAAUUCAAUGGCAGCAGCAGCAUUUGUAGAGAAAUGAUAGUAAAUAUAUUUGUGUUAUUAACAAGG